AUAGAUAGAUAGAUAGAUAGAUAGAUAGAUAGAUAGAUAGAUAGAUAGAUAGAUAGAUAGAUAGAUAGAUAGAUAGAUAGAUAGAUAGAUAGAUAGAUUUACAUUUAUUUGGAGCAGCGGUGUUGGGAUCUAACCACAGGAAUGUUUGCCGCGUCAUCCGUAACUACCUCUCUAACACAAACUGACUACCGUGUCAAUGUUUCCAAUCUCUAGGUGAUAUAGUUAUUACCCACUUAAUAAAGACGGAUGACACCUGCAAGGUAUGGUAAAGCUACUUUCAUAUUCCUAUCUACUUAGUUCUUUUCGUUAUCGAUUACUGACAUUGGAACUUUCUUAAAAUACCGCACGGUUCGUGGCCUAUGCCCCGUAGUGGUUGCGUGCCAGCAGAAUUAUGGCAUCAUCAUCAUCAUCAUAAUUUCUUACUCGGGAGCCUCAUCUCUCGGACACUGCCUCAUGAACGCUAACUCAGCCACAUGUCUAUUCUAGCGAUAACUUCUCCGUAAUUCAAUUUUUUUUUAUUAAUUUCGUUCUUGGAAAUUCCGCCUAACCUCAGUAGUAAAAACCUUCAUUUUAAUACCACCCGGAAGUUGACGAAUCUAUGCAGUGGGUAUGCGCCAUCACUAAAGGAAAACGAACUAAAAGAAACCUUCUUUUGGUGUCGGUGGCGGUCGGGGCGGGCUCCGGGACAGCUAGCGUGCGCGCUUUGUAACUGGUGAUGCUGCGGUUUUUCGAGCGUUAGAAGGAUGAGCAGUAGCAACGUGGAAGGCGUGCGCCGUUACUUCACGGACCAGGAAUGGAUGAAGCUUCCAGACUACAUGAAGGUCCGCUACGGCAACAUCAAAGAAAACUACGACAAGAUGGUCGCACUAGGUCUUCAGCCGCCAAUUCCAGAGUUUAUGGACGCCAAACCUGCAGCUCGUAAUGCUCCAGCAAAGCCUAACUCUUGUGGCUCAAGCGGCCGCAAAGUAAAGCGCACGUCAUGUGAUUCCCACCCCGACUCUAAAACUUCCGGGAAAUCACCAGUCCGGCGGUCGACGCGCGUACAGGCAAGAACAAUGAAGGCCUCUGAAAACAAGGCCAUACCUACGUCGGGCGCACAAGCCAAACCCACGAGCGUAUCUCGGUAUCCGAAGAGAAGUCUCAGGAGUAUCACGUACACGGAAAGCGAGGAUGCUUCGGAAGACGAGAGUCCACCACGUAAGGGUCGAACGAUCGCCCAAGUGCCACGACUGACUCGAAAAGUUCCCGCAAGGCGCACCCAGAAUACAGCGCUUGGCAAGGAUCGGCACAAGUGUCGCUACGGCUGCUCUCAUGAAGACCCCAGUGAAUGUCCCGUCCAUGGACCGUCAUUUUACGUCCGUGGGGUGCCCCUGGAAGACUUCGAGCUAGCCAAGAAGAAAAUGCCCAAAGGCCUGGCGGUGCUCCGUUCAAAGAUUAAAGGUGCGCAGCUCGGGAUCUUCGCUGUGGAGCCACUUGCCGAGGGUCACUGCUUUGGUCCUUACGCCCACUCCUCCGCGAAGCCCAAUAUCAGUCAAGCUGCCGAUGAGGAAGAGGGCGAGCGGGAACCUCCAAAAACUGGUGAGGCUGGCCCAGAAAUAGCGAGGUGGAUCUGCUACGUCAACUGUGCUCCCAGCGAGCACCAGUGCAACCUCGUGGUCAUACAGCAGGCCGGGUUGGUCUACUACCAGACCUGCCAGCCUUUGGAACAAUCCGCAGAACUCAUGGUGUGGUGUGGUAUCAUCAAUAGCGUCGCUCCCCCCCCGCCCAUUGCAAUGCCAAGUUGGAGGACAGCCUUUGACUGCGACAUCUGCGGAUGCACCUGUUCGUCGAAAUGGCAGUUGGACAAGCACCGUGAAACCACGCACCCUUCGGCACAGUGCGACAGUACGAACGAAAAAAGCCGCGAAGCCGCGAAGUCCUUCGUAUGCCAUGUCUGUUGCAACGCGUUCUUUACGAAAGUGGGCCUCGACCGUCACCUCGCAAUCCACGCCUCGGUGAAGCCAUUCAAGUGCGAAGAGUGCGCGGAGAGCUUCACUAAGGCGGUGUUGCUCAAGCGCCACAAGAAGCGUCACACGGGCGCCCUGAUGUACAAGUGCCCGGAGUGUGGGAGGGAGUUUGGCAUGGUGACGCACUUCAAGAGCCACGUCCAAUCCCACGCGGGACUGAAGCCGUAUUCGUGCCGAGUUUGCGGACGUGCGUUCGCCCGCAAGUGCCACUGGUCCAGGCACGAGAUACUGAUGCACGGAAAACGGUAGUGUUCGCCCACUGUACCGCACAGGGCCGAACGUCAGGCCUGAAGGAACUCCCGUGCAGCGAAGGAACCUUACUUCCUCGAUAGAUUUGGAAACAGCCGUAAAGGUGGCGCUUUAGUCA